AUGGUCGGGGGCGGCGGCGCGGCGGCGGCGGCGGGGGCGGGCAGCGGCGGCGGCGCCCCGAGCGGCGCCAAGCUGCUGCAGAUCCUCAACGUGCGGGUCGUGGGCAACGGCGACCGCGUCGUGGUGCUGUCGCACGGGUUCGGGACGGACCAGUCGGCGUGGAGCCGCGUGCUCCCUUACCUCACCCGCGACCACCGCGUGGUGCUCUACGACCUCGUCUGCGCCGGCAGCGUCAACCCGGAGCACUUCGACUUCCGCCGCUACGACACGCUCGACUCCUACGUCGAUGACCUCCUCGCCAUCCUCGACGCGCUCCGCAUCCCGCGCUGCGCCUUCGUCGGACACUCCGUCUCCGCCAUGAUCGGGAUACUCGCGUCCAUCCGCCGCCCCGAGCUCUUCGCCAAGCUCGUCCUCAUCGGCGCGUCGCCCAGGUUCCUGAACGACAACGACUACCACGGCGGGUUCGAGCUGCCGGAGAUCCAGCAGGUGUUCGACGCGAUGGCGGCCAACUACUCGGCGUGGGCGGUCGGGUACGCCCCGCUGGCGGUGGGCGCGGACGUGCCCGCGGCGGUGCAGGAGUUCAGCCGCACCCUCUUCAACAUGCGGCCGGACAUCUCCCUCCACGUCUGCCGCACCGUCUUCAACACCGACCUCCGCGGCGUGCUGGGCAUGGUGCGCUCCCCCUGCGUGGUGGUGCAGACCACCCGCGACGUCUCCGUCCCGGCCUCCGUUGCCGCCUACCUCAAGGCCCACCUCGGCGGCCGCACCACCGUGGAGUUCCUCCAGACCGAGGGACACCUCCCGCACCUCAGCGCCCCCGGCCUCCUCGCCCAGGUGCUCCGCCGCGCGCUCGCCCGGUACUAG